AUGGAUUAAGACGAGGACUAAUAGGAAUAUCAAGAUCAGGUAUUAGACAAUGCCAUGUCUAGAAAUGAGAUUCAGGGCAGCAGUCCAGGGAGUAAACAGCUGGAGAGGAACUAGUCAAAUUAGUUCACACUGACCAAAACAUCCAAUAUGAACAUCACAUUCUAGGACCCAGCAAUCAAGGCUAAGUUAAUGGCCGAAGCAAAGCAGGAAAAAGAGUAGAAAAGGCUACAAAUGCUGCAGAUGGAAGCUAGAAUUAAGAAACUUCAGAUUGAAGAGGAAAAGGCUAAGAAGAGAAUCAACGAUGCUAGGAAGUAGCAGCAGUUCAUAGCUUAAAUGAAGGAGGAAAAGAUCAGGAAGCAGCAGGAGAAGUAACGCUUCUUGGAGGAGAUGGCACAGAAGGAAGAGGAGAACAAGAGAAAAAUACUUGAAGAUAGACUCAAGUAAAAGGAGAUACUUAUGAAGAGCUAGCAUGAUAAAUUCCAUACUAAUAAGAAAAUUUCUGAAGAGAUCAAAGAGUAGAAAACUAGGAUCAAGCAAUCAAUUGAAACAGGAAAGAUGUCAUAUUUGGAAGAGAAGCAAAAGGCUAACGUUGAGAAGCGAGACUAUGUCAGCAAUGAUAAGUAGUUCAAAGCUACAAUUAAAGGAAAUUUCAUUGCUUCUACAGAGAAAGCCUAUCAUGAAAAGAUUGAAAGACAAAAGCAAGAGGCAUUGGAAUACGAGAGAAAAAUGAAGGAACUAGAGCAGCAUGAAUAGCAGCUAUUAAGCAGACUUCAGAAGACUCAGUAAAUGGAAAACAGUGAGUUUUAAAAGCUCAGAGCCAUGAAAUAGCAAUAAAAUGGUAGUGGCUCUAAGAAAAACUAGAUAGACUCAGUAAAUAGCAGCUACUAGACUAGGGAAAAAGAUUUUCAAAGUAUCAAAGAAGAAAAUGGCAAGAAAUACAAGCCAUUAGUCUUAGUUGGACCCUCUGGAGCUGGUAAAUCUACUUUGACUAAAUAUAUCAUGGAUAAGUACAAAGGUCUGUUUGAAUUCAGUAUAUCAAGCACAACAAGAGUUCCAAGAGACGGAGAAGAGAAUGGUGUUCAUUACUACUUUAUGAAGAGACCAGAUUUUGAGCAGGAGAUUAAGACUGGCGACUUCCUUGAGUAUAACGAAGUUCACGGCAAUUACUAUGGCACCAGCAAAACUGAUGUGCUAGAGGUGCAAAAGCAUGGAAAGAUAUGUAUUCUAGAUAUAGAUGUGAAGGGAGCCAGAGAUGUUCAUAAAUCAGGAGUUGUAGAUUGCAACUAUGUACUUGUGACUACUCCAUCAAUAGAUGAACUGAGAAACAGAUUGGAGGCAAGGGGCACUGAAACUGAAGAAUCUCUAAAUAAGAGGGUAGGCAAUGCUGAGGCCGAACUAAAAAUGGCUUAGGAAAUCGGAAUAUUCCAGAAGACUCUAAUCAAUGAUACCCAAGAUCAAUUCAUCAAGGAUUCUGAGGCAUAUAUUAAGAAAAUCUAUGGAAUCUAAUGA